UCCCAUGAUGCGUGGACAUGUCGUACUGUUAUUGUUGGUCGCACUCUCAAAGGCAGUGUUGAUGUUUUGAGGCGUGUAACAUCGAAGAAAGAGAGUCGCUUUGCACCGAGGACAUUUCCUUUCUUUCUGCGGAUAAAGACAAUAUAUCUGUAUUUUUGAGCACCGAAGCUUGUUUUUACACCCGGUGACAUGUCGGAAAGCUCGAGUGACACCGAGUCCUCGUGCGGAUGGACCGUCAUCAGCAACGAGGGCUCGGACAUCGAGACUCUGGGACCCGACAUCGUGACGGAUUAUGAUCCAGAGGAGGCAGCUGGAGCUUCUGCACCAGAGCAGCCCGUUUCUUUACAAGACGCAGACGCGGAGGCGGUGGAACAAUCCUCUUUGGACGUCACGAUUAAGGAGUUAGAGACGGCGCUGGAAGCCGAGCCCGGGCAACAGGUGGGAAAGGAGGCGGGUCUAGAGGACCAUGUGCAUCUCUGCUCUUCCAGCGAUCACUCUGACAUCGUCACCCUUGGCGACGCCAGGGAGGCGGAGCUCGGGGUGUGGGAGGAGCCUGUUGCUAGGGAGGACGAGGAAACGGGGAACGAGGAGCUCUACUUGGGGACGUCGUCAAGCAGCCAGUACACGUUCAGUGCUGCAGAGACGAUUUUCCCAGCAGAGUGCGCCGCACGCAGAGGCUCCAGUAGCAGCAGCGAGGAAGACGAGGACGCCGAGACGAAGGCCAGCCCGGGGGUGGUCCGGAGGCGCAGGCUGAGGAGGAACACGGCUGGUUCAGAGCCGGAGAAAGAGCAGGAUGGAGAUGGUCAUGAGGAUGAGGUGGAGGUGGAAGCUGAGGAGCAGAGAGAAGCUCGCGUCCAACAUCAGCGACAGAACAGCGGAACCCUGAACAAGUGCAUCCUCCUCGCCCUCGUCAUAGCCAUCAGCAUGGGCUUCGGGCAUUUCUACGGCACGGUGCAGAUCCAGGAGAGGCAGCGGCUGGUGGUGAAAACUCGAGCGAACGAGCUGAGCGACAUCAGCAGGGAUGCAGUUGAGAGUCUGAAGGAUGAGCUAGAGGAGAAGCAAGACAUGGUGAUGUCCCUGACAGGCAUUAUGGAUAAGAUUACCAAGGAGAAUCAGCAUCUCAGAGCCAGAGAGGCUGAACUACAGGCUCAGAGGCAAGAUUUACUCGCACAGCUUCAGCAGGCCAAGAGCGAGAUGGAUUCCCGUCAGAAGCAACUUGCCUCGGAGAACCGGGCUUUGAAGAGCACUCUGGAACGAGAGGAGGCAUCUCUCUCGGCCCUGCAGGACGAGCUGCGGUAUCUCCGGUCUCAGAUCCGCGAGCUCGAGGAGCAAGGAGCCGGCGCUGACUCAAUCCUCUCUGAGAACCAGCGCCUAAAGGACCACCUCCUAGAGGAGAAGCAGAGGAUCCGGAGCUUCCUCAGCCAGAAGGAGGCACUGAUGGUGAAGGUUCAGGUGCUUCGGAAGGAGCUUGACAUGGAGAGGAAAGUGACGGAUAAGCUGAAGGAGGAGCUGGAAGAGAUGAGUCAGCGAGAUACUGGGAUGCGAAGGGAAGGAGAGGUUGAUGUCGAAACUGAGGAACUCCAGGUUCGACUUCGGGAACUGGAGAAGAAGCUUAGCUUUGAGCAGCAGCGUUCCGACCUGUGGGAGCGACUGUACGUGGAGUCAAAGGGAGACCAAGCCAAAGGUGACACUCAACCCAAGACCAGGAAAUCCAAAGAAGGCAUGCUCGGGAAGGUCAAGGAGACGUUUGAUGCGGUGAAGAACUCAACCAAGGAGUUUGUUCACCACCACAAGGAGCAGAUCAAGAAAGCCAAGGAAGCCGUCAAGGAGAACCUUAGGAAGUUUUCAGACUCUGUCAAAUCUACGUUUAGGCAUUUGAAGGACUCCACAUCAAAUGUAUUCGGGAGAAUCCGAAGGCCACAGGACAAGAGAUUCAACGAGAGGAAGGAUGCAAAAACGGAACAGCAAGGAUUUCAGCAAGAGAGUUUCAAAGAACAGCAGAACAAACGUUCAGAGGAAGAUCACUGGCAGCACCACCGGCCCCCUCACCAACAUCCUCGCAAAUCCACAGUGGACUCCUCCUUCCAGGCAGACCGCAACACGCGCAAGCCAGGUGCCCAGAAGCAGCAAAGGUCUACGGCAUGCAAAGCUAUGCCUAAAGGAUGCACUGGCGUCUUUGACUGCGCCUACCAAGAAUCCAUGAGCCUCUUUAACAAGGCCAUGGAGCCCAUAAGAGCGGACGAGUUCCACCAGCUCCUGCGAAGCUACCUGCAGCAAGAAGUGGGUCAUUUCCAUCACUGGAGGGAGCUUGAUAGCUUCAUCAACAGGUUCUUCCAGAACGGACUCUUUAUUCACGAUCAGAUGCUGUUCACGGACUUCGUCAGCGGAGUAGAAGACUACCUGGUGGACAUGGACGAGUACCAGGACGGGGAUGACGACGUUUUUGAGGAUCUGGAUGAUUACGUAUAUAAGCACUUCUUCGGAGAGACGUACUCGGAACCGAAUGCUCCAAGGUCUGAGACACAGUAGCUCCUGCAUGUUGACAAUAUCCUCGCUGUGAGCGGCGUACGAAGCUUUAUGGUAAAAACACAUGUUUAAAUAAAAGAAAAAAGAAAAAACAACAACACGUGUGCUGUUUGUAAAUUUGCAGUCGACCUUUUGAAGGCCCAGGGUCGAAGGUCAAACCGGAGCGGGAGUGCCAACAACAUCAGCAGCAGCGAAAGCACCAGCAUUCGCGUACUCUGCCUCCUCGAGACAGGAAGUGGGCCCGGUCGGGGCGCAGCUCCGACAGACACUUUGCAGACGUCAAAAUAGAGCUCGGGCCCAUGCCGUUCGAUCCGAAAUACUAGGAAACGUUCUCCGCGCUAGUUCUUUCUAUUAUAGCUCUUCGAAUUUGAAAAUAAAACCGGCUGUUAUCGCAAAACCGUUUGGAAUAACGCUGCGUUCAGGUCAUGUCACAAUUAUGCUAACGUACCUGACACCAAAAAUGAAAUAUCGUCAGCUAAAGCGGGAGAAAACUCUGACAUGACGUGAACGCACUAUAUGUCUAACGAACGCAUCGCUUCCCUCUGCCUCCUCUCCACAAAUGUUGUGAUUUUGCACAAAUCUAAAUGCGCUAAAUGUUGUUUUGUUCCGUGUGUGUGUGUGUGUGUGUGUGAGCGCUAAUCUGCAGCUAGGUUUCAGUGGAGUCAGUAGGCAAGCGCAGACGCUAAUCAGCUACCAGUUAUUUAGCUCCAGUUGCAAGAGAACUAUAUACAUAACGACGUAUGAAACAAAAUGUUUGAGAAUGCACUUAAUUUAAACGAAGCACUGUGUGUUGGUAAGAAAGAACAGUUUAUUUGUAUUAAAUAGACUAAUUUAAUUGCGUGAAGUGUCAUUAAUCCUGCGUAGGACCAAGUGAUUUAAGCCUGAUCUACUGAGCUUUCAGCUGAAGUACAUUGAACUGUGGAUCACUUUUCUCGGUGUGUUUUUUUUUUUUUUUGCUGCUAAACGUGAACACUUGAUCGUGUAAACACGGAGCAAGACCUUCGUUUCCAUCCUGGGUGUGUUGUGUAGUUCUCCUUUUUGUUAUGUCAUGCUGGAUAGGUUACAUUCCUGUUGAAACUUGUUUGCUUGUUUUUUUGUUUUUUUUUCAAUUGUCCAAAAAGUAAUUGCUGUUUUGCGGCUCAUGGAAAAGAAAAAAAAAAAAAACACAAUAAAAAUGUUAUUUUGCUUGAA